GACGAGUGCUACUCUGGUGGACUAGUGGCAUGGCACCGGAACUGGGUGGGCCCCACGCGGCCAACCUCACUAGCGGUCGCUAAUUACAAGACCAGCUUAGCCCAUCACAGGCCCUCCCUCCCGCCACCGACGCCGCCAUGAAGGCCGACAUCGCCUCCCCCCCGGUGCCGGCGACCAAGAUCGCCAUGCCUGCUUCUGCGGUGGGCGCGGAGGCGGCGCUCCUCGGGAAGGGCCGGUACAAGGUGUGGGCCUUCGCCGCCAUCGCGCUCCUCGCGCUCUGGUCCAUGUCCGCCGCCUCCGUCUCCCUCCGCUGGUCCUCCUCCGGCGACCUCGCCAUCUCCGGGGACUGGGACGUCCCCCUCGGCGAUGACCUCGAUUCCCUCGAGAUGGAGGAGAGGGAGAAAUUAGUGGGUCGGAUGUGGGACAUGUACACACGGACCAGUGAUGAGGUCCGACUUCCACGGUUCUGGCAGGAGGCGUUUGAGGCUGCUUACGAGGAACUUGCUGGUGAUGAUAUUCAGGUCCGUGAUGCAGCCAUCUCUGAGAUUGCCCGAAUGUCAGCCCACAGACUUGAGCUUGAGCAGCCAGUGAAUGAGAAUGAGGAAGGCAAUGCAGUGAGCAGCAGAAGUGGUAGGUCAAAGGCAAAGUAGUUUCAUAAACUUGGGCAGCCUGAGGUCAAUCAUCGGCGGCUGGAUUUUGGAGUUUUUAUGUGUUUGAUUAGUUACUCACUGGAUUUGUACCAUCUAGGGAAGAAAGGUGCAUAUGUGGCACUGUGUAACGUUAUGUACUCUUCAACUUCUGUAUCGGAGGGUGGUGAUCUUCCCAGCGAAGAUGUUUCUGUGUUCUAGGCUCCGUUUAAGACUGCCAUGCUGUUUUGUGCUGUGUAAUAAUGUAAAAGCGUAUUGCGUAUCUAGCAAUGUUUUUCUGU